AAAGGAAGCGGUUGUCUUUGUGGCGGAUAGAUUUGGAGAUGAGCUUCUGGUAAAAAUGAUUCAGCAAGAAACCACCCCCUACCCAGCCCCCAAACUGGCAGCCCACACCCCUCCCCAGCCCAGGGGGCGGUGUGCAGGGCGGGCUCCACCCCAGGAGGGCAACCCACCACCGACCCGGGAGCUCAGCCCACUGCUCCGCACUGCUCACAGCCCGACAGUCAUGCGGCCGGCCGGGGCGCUGCUCGCCUUCUGCUGCCUGGUCUCCAGCACUAGCAGCGGCCCUUCCCCAGAUUUCUGUUCACAGGACUUUAACUCAGGUGUGAAGCCAGGAUUUCCCAAAACAAUAAAGACUGAUGACCCAGGAGUCCUCAAAGCUGCCAGACACAGUGUGGAAAAGUUUAACAACUGCACAAAUGACAUCUUCUUGUUCAAGGAGUCCUACAUUAGCCGAGCACUGGUACAGGUAGUGAAAGGCCUGAAAUACAUGCUGGAGGUGGAAAUCGGCAGAACUACAUGCAGAAAAACCACACAUCAUCCCCUGGACAAUUGUGACUUCCAAACCAACCCUGACUUGAAGCGCGUAAGGAAGAGGGGCUGCCCUCUCAGCCUAGCCCUCCUUAACUGCUCCAUUCAUCCUUCAGGGCUGGGGCUGCUUCUCUGACCUGAUCAGUUCCCUGACCACACACUUCCAAACCUCAGUCCAGAAGAGGUCAAGCACAACGCACAGACACACAUGGAGAGUGCGAGGCAACGACAUCCUCUCCAACACCCCCCUACAUGACCUGUUUGUCCCUCCCUGAAAGACACAUCUCAGGACAGAAAUGCCUGGAAUCAGGGUAGGGAGAUUUGAGCAGGAAAAACUUCCAUAUAAUUCAGAAAUUACAUACGUCUGUGUGUAUUAUACAUAGUAUGUCAUAUGAUUUAUAUAUUAUAUAUGGUAUGAUAUAUAUCAUGUUAUGAUAAAUAUAUAUAGCAUGAUAUAUGAUAAAAUGAUAUAUAAUAUCUCCCUUUGCAAAAAGAAAGCAAAUGUGGCAAAACUCAUUAAUUCAUAAAUAUAGGUGAAAAGUACAUAUUCUUAAAUCAUUCUUUCAAUUUUCUUUGAAAAUUUUCCAAAUAAAAAUGGGAGCAAGGGAUAUCUCUUCAGUGAGGAACACACCCAUGUACACACAUACACAACACCUUAGUGGCCCAGGUGUGGUAUCAAAGUGUGCCAGGAGAGUUCUUUGGUGGGGAGGGUCCUCUGAGGCAUUCAGGGGGUCCUUAGGAGAGCCUUUCUUUUUUCAGAUUCUGAGUUGCUAUACUGAAGUUUGGGUCAUCCCCUGGCUCCGAAAGUUCGAGGUGCCUAUUAUUCGUUGCCAGUGAGUUCUGACUUUCGCCUGAGUUCUGCCUGACUUUCGCCUGCCUCUUCAGCAAAACUUUGGCUGUAAGGACACCCACCAUACUUGUGCUCUUCGUUUCCUUCAGCCCCAGCACUGUGCCCAGCUGAUACAAACCUUUAAGGACCUUCUCAUGUGUAGGCAGAUGGAAGUGCUAAUGGGUCAUUACAAAGUAGCUGGAGUGGGAAAAUGAUAGUACAUCAUGGCCAGAUUAAAUAUAUCACAUUUCCUUCUGUAACUUUAUUGAUGCUGUACUAGAUAGAGGGUCUGAACCUAUAUGGGUCUGAGUCUUUUGAUGGGCCUCAUUAGGGUUGGGGACAGACAGAUGUAGGCUGACCUGAGGGGGAGGACAGGGUACUCUCUCCCAUCCCUCACCCCAUGGAGAGUCAAGGCAUCCAUCUCUUGGUUUCAAUUAUUAGCAUUAUAGCACUAGAUCUGGGACAAGUGUGCUACUGAUCACUUGAUCUCUGUGGAUGAUUAAAGUUAUUAAUAAAAGACGGAUCAUUCCAGUGCAA